CCUUUUUUUGUUUCUUUGCUCAAGCACUAAAGGAAAGAAGAAGAGCAAAAGAAAAAUAAAAAAGAAACACAUAACACAUAUACACAAACCCAUACAUACAUACAUACACACACACACACAAAUAUAUAUACACACUUUAAAGAACACCAUGACCACUCUCACAUCCGCAAGCGGCAUCGUGUCUUUACUCGAUGAGCAACAGACCGAUUUGCAGGUUUAUGCCCUUCAGAAACUCAACAGCCUUGUCAAUGUGUUCUGGGCAGAAGUAUCAGACUCAGUUGAAAAGAUCGAGAUCCUCUAUGAAGACACCAAUUUUCCUCAACGUGAAUUAGCUGCUCUCGUUACAUCCAAGAUUUACUACUAUCUAGGAGAAUUAGAUGACUCGUUGACAUUUGCGCUCGGUGCAGGACAAUCGUUUGAUUUGUCCGAGAAGUCCGAAUAUGUAGAGACUAUUAUUUCUAAAUGUAUUGAUAAGUACAUCCUCCUCCGAACAUCAAAGGAAGACGCUGUAAUCGAUCCUAGAUUACAGGCAAUUGUCGAGCGGAUGUUCCAAAGAUGUGUAGAUGACGAAGAGUAUGAGCAAGCUGUGGGUAUUGCUAUGGAAUCCCGAAGACUUGAUGUGGUCAAGGCCAUUGUGGAAAAGGGUCCUGCCAACAAACUUUUAUCUUAUGUGCUGGAUGUCUGCAUGACACUUGUUCAGAAUUUGGAGUUCCGUAAUCAGGUCCUUAGAUUAUUGGUUACUCUGUAUCAGGGUUUGAAGGAACCUGACUAUGUAUCUGUCAGCCAGUGUCUGGUUCAUUUAAAUGACCCUUCCACAUGUGCUGAGAUGCUUCAGAGCUUGGUGAAGAAGGGUGAAGAGUUGAUGGCAUACCAAAUCUCAUUUGACCUCGAAGAGAAUGCAACACAAGAGUUUUUGUCAAAGGUGUCAAAGGCUCUGCAGGAAGAACCCACAUCUGGAACUGAAGAUACCAACAUGACUUCUGUAGAUAGUCCUUACAAGAAGAUGCGUUCAAUCCUUUCUGGCGUAGAAUCCAUCCGCCUUCACCUUGAAUUCCUCUACCGUAAUAACCACACCGAUCUUAUGAUCCUCAAGGCUACCAAGACUGCAUUGGAACCUAGAAACUCCAUUUUCCACUCUGCUGUUACUUUUGCUAACGCCUUUAUGCACGCUGGUACUACUAGCGACGAGUUUUUGAGACAGAACCUUGAAUGGCUCUCAAGAGCUACUAACUGGUCCAAGUUCAGUGCCACUGCUGCCCUCGGUGUUAUCCAUAAAGGUCAAUUGGAGCAAUCAAUGAACUUGUUGGCUCCUUAUCUUCCCCAAGAAGGUGCUGCCAGUACAAGUGCUUACUCUGAGGGUGGAUCUUUGUAUGCUCUUGGUCUCAUCAACGCAAACCACGGUUCAGAUAUUCUCGGAUACUUGAAGAAUGCCUUGAGAGACGCAACUGGUGAAGUUAUUCAGCAUGGUGCCUGUCUUGGAUUGGGUGUUGCUGGAAUGGCCACUGCUGAUGAAGGUAUCUACAACGAACUCAAGUCCACACUGUUUAGUGACAGUGCUGUUGCUGGUGAGGCCGCCGGUCUUGCUAUGGGUUUGAUUAUGCUUGGCACUGCAUCUUCCGAAGCCAUCGAAGAGAUGCUUCAGUAUGCUCACGAAACUCAACACGAGAAGAUCAUCCGUGGUCUUGCUAUUGGUAUCUCGUUGAUUAUGUAUGGUAGAGAAGAGCAGGCUGAUCCUUUGAUCAAGCAGCUCUUGGAUGAUAAGGACCCCGUCCUUCGUUAUGGUGGUAUCUACACGAUUGCUAUGGCUUACAGUGGUACCGGAAACAACAAGGCCAUCCGUCGCCUGCUCCACGUUGCUGUCAGUGAUGUCAACGAUGAUGUGCGUCGUGCUGCCGUGACUGCUCUGGGCUUUAUCCUCCUCAGAAACCCUCAGCAGGUUCCCCGUAUUGUUCAGCUUCUGUCAGAGAGUUACAACCCUCACGUUCGUUAUGGUGCUUCUUUGGCUCUCGGUAUCUCAUGUGCUGGAACAGGUUACUUGGAUGCUCUUGAGUUGUUGGAGCCCAUGGCAAAGGACCCCGUUGAUUUUGUUCGUCAAGGUGCUCUUAUUGCUCAAGCCAUGAUUCUUGUUCAGCAGACUGAAAACACAAACCCUAAGGUUUCUGGUGUCAGAAAGGAAUAUGAGAAGAUUAUUGCAGAGAAGCAUGAAGAUCCCAUGUCAAAGUUUGGUGCAACUCUUGCCCAGGGCAUUAUUGAUGCAGGUGGACGUAACGUCACAAUCUCACUUGUGUCUCGUUCUGGUCAUGCCAACAUGCCCGCUAUUGUUGGUAUGGCGGUGUUUACCCAGUUCUGGUACUGGCAUCCUUUGACACACAUGCUCAGCUUGGCUUUCACACCCACUGCCAUUAUUGGUCUCAACAAGAACCUUCAAACCCCAAGAUUUGAGUUCAUUUCAAACACAAAGGCAUCUUUGUUCGCUUACCCACCUGCACUGAAACCCCCAUCUGCAACUGUUGUAGAAAAGGUUGCUACAGCUGUAUUGUCUACUACAGCCAAGGCCAAGGCCCGGGCGAAGAAGAGCGAAAAGGAAAAGGGUGACCAGAUGGAUAUUGACAAAGAACCUGCUACUUCAGUGAAGGAAGAAAAGAAAGACGAACAAAAAGAGGAGCGCAAGGGAAAGAAGAAGAAGGAAGAUAACUUCUCUGUCCUUGAGAAUAUGGCACGUGUUAUGCCUGCACAACUGAAACACAUUUCCUUCAAGGAAGAUUCGCGUUAUGUACCUGUCAAGAAGGGUGUUGUCGGUGGUAUUAUCAUGCUGAUCGACAAGAAACCCGGAGAAGAAGAAGAUCUGAUUGAGCCAAGUGCACUCUCUGGAGCUGAUGCAGCUGGAUCAGGGUCUGUUGAAGAAGAGGCUCCUCCAUUCGAGCCCUUUGAGUACUCCUUUGAAGAUUAAUAUUGAAAUCAAAAUUAAGAAUAACAAUAACAAUAAGAAGAAAGAAAAACUUGAUAAUGUGUGUGUAUAUAUAUAUGUGUGUUUGAAUGUG